AGAAUUGCAAGUCAUGAGCUUCCGAUUUCAAUGAAAGUUGUCAAGCUACUGCAGUACCUCGAGAGUGAAAGACCUAGAAUUGAAUGCUGUGUGGCUAUUUCUACCUUAUUUUCUCCCUUUUCUCCCUUCGGAAAACUUCCAGCACAAAAGGACGGACAGCAUUUUCUCAGGUUGCAGACGCAGAGGGGGACAGCGAAGGUUGUAGGGUCAAGGGAAGUAAACAAAAAGGGGUGGAAGGAUGGGUGGAAGGAUGGGGAUGGGUAAAAAGUCAACCGGUUGAUUCAACAUGUGCAAGUUACGCCUGUAUGAGAGAUGCUACGAGAGAGGCAAAACAAGAGAAGGGGAUACAUGACGGUGAAUCUUGUUAUCGUGAAAUAAUAACAUAAAAAAGGAAAAUAAAUCAUAGCAAAGGGGGGGAGGGCUGGAUUCGUGAUAGGAAAGAAAGAAAAUUAGGGGAACCGUGAUCAAUCAAAUGUUCAAAAACAAGAAAAAUAACAGGAAUAGGAAAGGAAUAGCUGCGUGACGCUACUCAAGAGGAAUGUCUAAGACACCCAACUCAAAUCUCACCUGCAGUAGGUCAGGCCUAGAAAGUU